ACUAACUAUAAACGCCGUUGUGUGCAGUUGGUCGUGUGACUCGCGUUGUGUUCUGGCUGCGGCCCGCGAUAAUAAUUAAUUAAUAAUAAAUUUUAAAUUAUUGUUAUUAUUAUUUCGCGACAAUCCGGUAGGGCGACAAUAUAUUUUAGUACACGAGUAUUUUAUCAGCGGUACGUAGGCAGUGCGUUUGGCGCACGGUUCCACCCCGACGACGAUGGGUUCGCGUAGUGCCUGCAACGGCUUUUGCUGAUCGUUAAAGUCUCCACGACAAUAAAAAUAUUAUUAUUAUAGUAUAAUAAUAUUGUGUAUAGCUGGCUGAAAGUCUGUCUUAUUUUUGAUCUCGUUAUCAACGCCAACGGACGUUAUGCAAACCCAUCUGGCAAUGGUCGCCUCGGAACUGUACCCUUUGUUGUAAAAACCUAUUUAUAGUUAUGAUCAUUUAGAAAUGUUGUCAAAAUCAUGCCACAAAGAGACCUGUCUGAGGUGGAACAUGAUAAUGGAUGCGGCGAAGAUUUUAUGGAAAAAGUACGAGAGUCUAAUGCAGCAUGUGAAUCUGGUGACUAUCCCCGAGCCAUUCAACUCUAUACAGAGGCUCUGCGUCAUUAUCCCAACAACCAUAUUCUCUACUCAAACCGUUCUGCUGCUCUGCUCAAAACAGGAAGGUUUACAGAAGCAUUGCAAGAUGCCACACGAUCGCGCCAGAUCAACCCUAACUGGCCUAAAGCACAUUACCGAGAAGGUGUUGCUUUGCAAUGCCUGGGUAGGCAUGGAGACGCCCUGGCUGUUUUCAGUACAGGGCUGUCUAUUGAACCAAAUUCUACCCAGUUGUUAGGUGGCCUUAUCGAGGCUUCAAUCAAGUCUCCUUUGAAAAGUGUUUUAGAGCCAACGUUUGAACAAUUAAACAGCAUAAAUCAUAACGGACUUACAUUAGACAAAUCUCCCUUUCUUGUCAUGUCCGUGAUAGGCCAGGAACUAUUAGCAGCUGGACAAUAUUCAGUCGCCGUUGUUGUUUUAGAAUCUGCUCUAAGAAUCGGCACUAGUAGUCCUAAAUUAAGAGGAUCAGUCUUUUCUGCACUAUCCUCUGCAUAUUGGGCACUAAAUUCAUUGGAUAAAGCAAUUGGAUAUAUGCAACAGGAUUUAUUGGUGGCCAAGUCUUUAAAGGACGUAGCUGGCGAGAGUCGAGCUCAUGGUAAUUUGGGAUCUGCCUAUUUUAGCAAAGGUAGCUUCAAAGAAGCAUUAACAGCACACAGGUAUCAAUUAGUUUUUGCUAUGAAAGCGAGAGAAAUGAAAUCUGCCGCAUCUGCGCUUACUAGUUUAGGACAUGUGUACACAGCUAUUGGUGAUUACCCCAAUGCCUUGGCAUCGCAUAAACAAUGUGUGCAGCUGGUAAAACAAACUGGAGAAGUCCUUCAAGAAGCAAGAGAAAUAGGAAAUGUCGGCGCUGUAUAUUUGGCUAUGGGUGAAUUUGAAAGCGCAUUAGAUUGUCAUAUGCAACAUUUAAAAUUAUCAAAAAAACUUGGAAACAAAGUUGAAGAAGCUCGUGCAUAUAGCAACUUAGGCUCAUCUUACCAUUAUAGAAGACAUUUUUCACAAGCCAUUUCAUAUCACGAAAAUGUUUUGAGGCUGGCGCAAGAACUUGGCGACAAGGUUAUCGAAGCCAGAGCAUAUGCAGGACUUGGUCAUGCAGCUAGAUGCGCUGGAAACUAUGCUCAAGCAAAACAUUGGCACGAAAAACAAUUGGAUAUGGCUUUAAAUACACACGAUAAAGUAGGAGAGGGUAGAGCAUGCUCAAAUUUAGGUAUUGUUUAUCAAUUACUUGGCGCUCACGAGUCCGCAUUAAAACUACACCACGCUCAUUUGAACAUUGCUAAAUCACUACAUGAUCGUGCUGCAAUGGGACGAGCUUUUGGAAAUAUCGGAAACGCGUAUAGUGCUAUGGGCUACUAUGAACAAGCAAUAAAAUAUCACAAACAAGAAUUGACAAUAUCGAAAGAAGUCAAAGAUCGGAGUGCAGAAGCUUCCACACAUGGAAAUCUAGCAGUAGCUUAUCAAUCACUGGGAGCAUUUGACAUGGCUCUUUUACAUUACAGAGCUCAUUUAAAUAUUGCCAGAGAUUUAAAGGAUACAGCCGGGGAAGCUUGUGCUCUUUUAAAUUUGGCUAAUUGUCUGAGCACUAGAAAUGAUUUUACAGAAGCUAUUCCUUAUUAUGAAAACUAUUUAAUGUUAUCUCAGGAACUACAUGAUAUUGAAGGGGAAGCUAAAGCUUGUCAUUUUUUGGGCUAUGCUCACUAUUGUUUGGGUAAUUAUCGAGAAGCUGUUCGUUAUUACGAUCAAGAUUUGUCGUUGGCCAAAGAUUUGCACGACAGAAUGAAUAUGGCUCGAGCUUAUUGUAAUUUGGGCUUAGCUCAUUUAGCAUUAGGCAAUCUAGAAACAUCACUGGAAUGUCAAAAAUAUUUUUUAGCCAUAUCACAUAUGACAAAAAGCAUACAAGCCAAACUUCGUGCUCUGGGCAAUAUCGGUGAUAUACUUAUGAAAAUGAAUAACACGGAAGAAGCUCACAAGAUGUAUCAUCGGCAAUUAACAUUAGCCAGACAAGUAAGAGAUUUAAACAUGGAGGCAGCAGCUUGCAGCUCUCUUGGAUUAGCCAACAGAUACAUUAAAUGUCAUGACAAAGCACUGUCUUAUCAUUGUCAAGAAUUGGCUUUAAGACAAGAAAUGAAUGAUUUGAAAGGCGAGUGUUGUGCUCAUGGUCACCUCGGAGCUGUUAAUAUGUCGCUCAGAAACUAUAAAAAUGCUAUUAAAUGUUACCAAUUACAACUAGAAAGAUCCAAAGAAUUAAGAGAUAAUUCAAUCGAAGCUGAAGCUUAUGGAAAUUUAGGUAUUGCUAGAAUGAAUAUGGGAAUUUAUGAAGGUGCUAUUGGGUACUUUGAACAGCAAUUGGCCACCUUAGAACAGUUGUCAACCCACACGUCACUAACGGACAAAGGUCGAGCAUUCGGCAACCUUGGAGACUGUUACGAUGCAUUAGGAGACUUUGACGAAGCUAUCAAAUGUCACGAACAAUUUUUAACAAUAGCCGUACAACUUCAAAACGUCCGUGACCUAGAGAAAGCCUAUACUUGCCUUGGCCAGUCUUACCGACGAAUAGGAUAUCUCGACCAGAGUCUAGUUUGUUUUGAAAAAAUACUAGUCAUUGCCCAUGAACUUAGUAACUCCGAAAUGAAAGCUUCCAUUUACGGCGAAUUGGGCUCAAAUCAUAUAAUGAUGGGAAAUUACCAACAAGCCGUUUCUUGUUUCCACAAUCAGAUAUCAAUAGCUAGAGAAUUAAACAACAGAGUUGUUGAAGCAAAUUCAGCGUCUUCUCUUGGUUACGCUCAUCAAUUACUAGGUCAAAAUAGUAUUGCCUUACACUACCACAAACUUGAUUUAGAAAUCGGAAAAGAGCUAAGUCAACCGUUAUUACAAUGUAGAGCCUACGGAAAUAUCGGGAACGUAGAAGAAUUAUUAGGGAACCUGAAUGAAGCCAUCAAGUACCAAGAAGAACAUUUAUCGAUUGCCAGUCAAAUUGAUGAUAAAACUGCCAAAGCAGCUGCGUACGGUAGUUUGGGAUCAUUACAUCAUACGCUGGGGCACACGAGCCAAGCAGUAAUUUAUCUUACUCAAGCUCUUCAAAGUGUAGACAUGAAGGGCAAGUCAGAUAAAGAAGGACAUAUUAGGUUCAAAUUGGGAAUGGCCCUGUUGGCUGAUGAGCAGUCUGAUGCGGCAAGAGGUCAUUUGGAUCAAGCAGCAGAAUUACUGGAUAACGCUCUUAAUAAAGCCACUCAUGAAAAUUUCCAAUCAAUUGCAAAUCUAAGACACCAGUGUUACCAAGCAUUACAAACAGUAUUAGUACAAUUGAAUAGAUGCGAAGAAGCACUUCUCGUAACGGAGAAGUAUAGAAUUAGAGGGAAAACUGCUAUGUGCAAUAGCCAGAUGAAAUCAACUUCCGACUGUCAUAAAAUAAGUUCUGUCGAAGGUUUAUUAGAUAUUGUUAACAAACAAAAAGCUUCAGUUCUAUAUUUCAGUUUAGCGUCUGGCUACUUAUUUUCUUGGCUAAUUGUUCCUAACAAAGGCAUUGUUAAAUUUCACGAAACAUUGAUUCAAACUGAAAAUGGAACUGACAAUUUAUUGAUGCAGUAUUUAAAUGAUUUGAAAAACACAUUAACUGUACAACCUAUAAUUGAUACAGAGUUGAGUGAAUCUUGUCAUUUAGAUGAAUUAGAAGACAAACUAACCAAAGACAACGAACGCAGUUAUUUAAGAAUGGUCAACAGAAAUCAUUUGUACAACUCCAGCAAUUACAGUCUUAGUAGUUUAUUUAGCGUGGGAAGUGUUGGUGGAAGUACGAUUGGGUCUGUAAGUCGGCCUGGCAGUGUAAGAGCUAAGAAAACAAAAUCGUGGUUGAUUCCUGACAGUUUGAACAAACUUUAUGAAUUGUUAAUUGCUCCAUUUGAAGAUUUCCUAUUUGUAUCGUGUGCAUCCCAUAAUAAAGGUUGUUCCGGCAGAAAAGAAUUGUUAUUGGUUUUGGAAGAAGAUUUAAUGUUAGUGCCGUUUUCAAUGUUACAUCCAAAGAUGGAUAACGAAUGUUUACUGACUGGGGAAUACCUAGCAGAAAAAUUCUGUUUACUUGUUACAUCCUCGUUAAUGAAGUUCAAAGAAAACCAAAGAGCACUGAAAAAAUCAAUAGCUAACGAUUCAACAAACAUGACUACACUUGUUGUUGGCAAUCCGCGACUUCCAGAAUAUAUCCAUGAACAACUUUGCCUCAGUGAAGUACCACAUACAGAACAAGAAGCUAAUAUGGUUGCAGAAAUGUUACAGACAAAACCGUUUGUACGGGAACAGGCGAAUAAACAAAAUAUCUUGGAUCAACUUGUCAAAGCAGAAUGCAUUCAUUUAGCAACUCAUGUCAGUUGGGAACUGUCGGCUAUAAUAUUAUCUCCAGAUGAAAAUGAAAAUAAUUUGCACGCUGAAGUAAAUAUAUCCGAAGUAUUAUUGACAGUAGAAGACCUAUUGUCUUUAAAGUUAAACGCAAGACUAGUAGUACUCAGUUGGUCACAUUCUCGAGACGAUUGGGCUUCAGCUAAAGGUCUUUCCGACCUUACAAAUGGUUUACUUAUGGCUGGAGCACAAUGUAUACUUAUUCCUCUGUGGCCCGUUCCAAGUACUGCAGCUAAAAUUUUAUUACGAGCAUUUUACUCGGCCUUAUUACAGGGUUCAAGAGUGUGUCGAGCUCUUUGUGACGCAAUGCAGACGGUUCAGCAUACAAAACAUUUUUCUCAUCCUUCCAACUGGGCUGGAUACUUUUUAUUUGGGUCUGACGUUCGUUUGUCAAGCAAAGUUGCUCUUAUGGGUCAGGCUUUGUGUGAAAUAAUAAAAACACCAGACAGGUGCCGAGAUGCUCUUAGAGUUACCCUUCAUUUAGUUGAAAAAUCUUUACAACGCAUACACAGAGGACAAAAGAAUGCAAUGUAUACAACUCAAAAAAGUAUUGAAAAUAAGGUUGGCGAUGUAUGUGGAUGGAAAGAGCUACUUCAGUCAGUUGGAUUCCGUUUUGAACCUGCUGCAAAUGGCAUUCCGUCCUCUGUAUUUUUCCCUCAAAGUGACCCAGAAGAUAGGCUAACUCAAUGCAGUGCAAGCUUACAGGCAUUACUUGGUCUUAACAGUGUUACGUUGAAUGCCAUGUCGAAAUUGAUUUCAACAUCCGAGAUCACCGAUGAUGUCAUGGCUGUUGUACGUCAUGUGAGCGAACAGUUGAACAGUAGACUUCUGUCUGAAAACGAGCAGCCCGUUGAUAUGUCUGUAAAUGUAAAACUAUGGCAUACGCCCGGAUGUCAUGAGCUUUUAGCAUCAUUAGGUUUUGACUUAAUCGAAGUUGGCAGUGAAGAAGUGACUUUGCGUACUGGAAAGCAAGGGAACAAGCGAAGUGUUCAGUUUGUACUUCAAGCCUUACUAACCUUAUUUGUAGACACUCAGGAAGUCCCCAAAAGCCUGUCAAUGUGCUCUUCGAGUUCUCUUGAAAGUGUAGUGACUGUUGAAGAUGACAGGCCAAAUGAUAUAGCGAUUAAACCUUGUCCAGCGUCUGCUUUCCAAGUGUCUGGUAUCAGCGGAUCAGGAGCAUUUACUAGCUAUGUUAGGAAAAGAGGAGAACCGGAUGGUAGAACCGCUUCGGAUGCUUCCGCACAGAUAACUAAAACUACUGGUGGAGCCUUAGUUAUGCCUACAAUAUUGUGUCGACGAUCAGGUGGAACUAACGGUGGUGGAGAAAGUGAUGCUGCAUUCACGCCUUCACCGCCCGUUUCUGGAUUAGGAGAUGCUCUUAGUAUAACUCUAGCACAUCAGACUAAAAUAAGAAAUUUAUAUUCAACACCAGCCAGACCAGAUUCAUCGAGUUCUGCAAGUUCUGCGACCGAUUGGGAAGGUAAUGGGCAUUCUACGAUACUUCGACGGGGGAAUUAUUCACUUCCUCCAAUAGCACCAAUCAAAAAACUUCACCCGUCUAGCGAAAUACUAGACGACAUUGUCGUAGAAAGUGAUGUAAUCCAAACAGACGACACUGAAAAAAUGUCACUUUAUCUGGCGCAAGUAAUGGAUAUGUCCAAAAAUGAGCCUGGUAAAGCGCUAUCCAACAUUGAAGUAAACAAUGAUAUUCAAGACCCCAUAAGAAGUUCACAAUUGCGACAGUUGAAUUACGAUCCAAAACCUACUAUAUCAGAAGUUUAUCUCGAGCGGAAAAUAGGUCUGGGAUUAGCGCCUUCUCUGUUGAAACUCCUGUCACUGGAUAAAAAUUUGGCUAACGAAAACAAAACCACUUGGCUAUCGCCGUCUAUGCUGAAGAGGUUUGGUAGCGAUGUUACUCAAGAGACACCUGUGUACGGAGAACUUAACAAAAGGGACGAAGGUGAUGGGAGAUCAAUUGCCGAGUCCCAAUCCAGUACUGGGAGUUACAAGAAACGAACUGAUACAAAUACAUUAAGGAACUUCGAAAGUCUCAUUGAAGAAGAAAACAGUGUGAAAGAACCUAAAAUUAGAUUUAAAAAAAAGUCGUAUGCACCACCCCCGUCACCGGGAACCUCCUCUCUUAAACCUAUAAUCGACUCGUAAGGUAUACCUACGUAAGGUGAUGACCUACUGCAUUUAACCAUUAUUAUACCAUGUGCCUAUGUUUAAGUAUAGAGUGGCACAAUCAAGGGGUGGUAAUUAACGUUUUAUUCCCCCCCACCAACCCUUGUCUUGGUAGCACCAUUUAUUUAUAUUGUAUAUAAGACAAUAGUAUUAUUGUUGGUAUUUUAUAUUAAGAUGUUAUGGGGAAAGAAAUCUUUUUCUUGGUUAAGUUUGUUUUACCGUUAA